AUGAGGCUCUUUUCUGUCUUUCUCUAUUUUCUUUGCUGUGCCACGAAAGGCAAGGCGGCCGACACAGCUGGCAUCUUUGAAACCCUGUUCCACUAUUAUGCCUACCGCAUCGAGUUGAGCGCAUUUCCAGACCAGGGAGACAGGAUGAUUGCCUGGGGAUGCGUGCCCGCCACCGGCACUGUGUGUACUUUCUAUGAAUUUGUGCAGGCUGUCAGGGAUCCAGGAACGACCGCCAUCAAUAUCGAUGCCGCGAACACAAUCCUGCCUCCAGUGGAAGACGCGGAUAUGACUUUCGCCGAUAUGAGAUUCGUGGGUACAUAUGAGCUAGCGAGUCUCUACAGAGAUGCUAGCAGGUUAAACCAUGUCAAACUGCUGGCCACCAUCACCAAUCGUGUUCAAGAAGCGCAGAACCUGGUCAAAACCCAAGCGUCCUUUCACGAAAGGUAUCCGGGUGUCACCCUCUACGAGACCGAAGAAAAGCUAGACAGUGUUAUCAUCAAGGUCAUUGACUGGGUCAAAACAGCCGAGGUUCAAGCCUCGCGAAGUAACUCGAAGGCGACAGCCCUCCAGACCAGGUACAAGAAGUGGGGAAGCACCACGCCAGGCUCGGAAUACAGGCACCAUCAGAAUAUACUGCGUGCCUUUGCGAUAAACCGAAAUGUCCUCAAUGCGGUUCCCAGCUGUCGCGCCUAG